CAGCUUCAGUAGCACCCACCACCAGCAUCAGCAGCCUUGGUAGCACCCAACACCACCACCAUCCCUCACCCAGCAGCUUUGAUAGCACCACCAGCUUGACAGCACCUACCACCACCCCUCACAGCUUCCAUCACCGCCGCCAUGCCCGGCUUCGACUUCUCCAACCACAACCGCAAUGCCGCCCUCCACGCCCAGGGCGUGCCGCUGCCCACCGCCACCAGCACCGGCACCACUAUCGUCGGCGCCCUGUUCGACGGCGGCGUCGUGAUUGCCGCCGACACACGCGCCACCAGCGGGCCCAUCGUCGCUGACAAGAACUGCGAGAAGCUGCACUUCAUCGCCCCGCACAUCUGGUGUGCCGGCGCCGGCACAGCCGCUGACACCGAGUUCACCACGGCCAUCAUCUCGUCCAACCUCGAGCUGCACGCCCUCAGCACCGGCCGCAAGUCGCGCGUCGUCACCGCCAUGACCCUGCUCAAGCAGCACCUGUUCCGGCACCAGGGCCACAUCGGCGCCUACCUGGUCGUUGCCGGCGUCGACCCCACCGGCGCCCACCUCUUCACCGUGCACGCCCACGGCUCGACCGACAAGCUGCCCUACGUCACCAUGGGCUCCGGCUCGCUGGCCGCCAUGUCCGUCUUUGAGACCCAGUGGAAGCCGAACCUGACGCGCGACGACGCCGUCAAGCUGUGCGCCAACGCCAUCGAGGCCGGUAUCUGGAACGACCUGGGCUCGGGCAGCAACGUCGAUGUCGCUGUCAUCACCGCCGAGAAGACGACGCUCAUGCGCAAUUACAUCACCCCCAACACAAGGCAGCCCAAGCAGCGCAACUACCGCUUCGCCAAGGGCACCACCGCCGUGCUCAACGAGAAGAUCAUCACAAAGGAGGAGAUCAGCAAGUACGUCACCGUGUCGGAGCUCAAGGACGAGGAUGUGACGGCGACGGCGGAGACAAUGGACCUCGACACAUAGGAACGAGGGUUAUGAGCACGAGACAUGAACUGUACACGCCGGUAGACGGCAAUACGGACGGUAAUAUGAUUAGUUAUGACAUGACUGAAUUAUUUGAUGCUGCAUGAUGACC